AUGAUAAGCUUAGGGCGGCUUCUUAGCGCCAGCGUGCUGCUCGACCAGACGACGUGGUUUAUAGCCGGCUGCUAUCGCCCAUCAGAAUUCUUUACGACCAGUCCGCACAAGCACGGCUAUGAACUCGCGUUGUCUCGCCUCAUGCAAUUUAAAUCGCGCCCUCAACGGAUAGCGGCGCUGACGGUGUGUAUCGGACCUAAUUUGCCUAACGAUGAAUUCUUCGACCACCCGGAGAAUGGUCGAUCGACACGUGGC